AUGAGGGACGGUCCAGAGCCGAAGUCAAGAGAGGAACUAGCCAGAAGCAAAAGAAGUGAGAAUCCAAAUCAGAAUCGAGUUAAAGGAAAAGAUGGAGAGAAAGCCAAAGCAAGGCCAGGUCCUUCACACCAGAGCCUGGAGUCCGACUUACUAGCCGCCAGACUUCAGGUAUCUCAGGUCAAGGAAGCCAUGGAGGCUACAUGUUCAAUCUGUAAGGACCGUUGGGAAUACGCGCGAGGCCCGGCAGGGGUCGCUGCGGCCCGCGAGGCGCGGGGCGCCCGGCGCGCGGAGCCCGGGAGCUUUGACAUCACACGAAGCUCCUCCUCGCACACGCUCGCGCGCGCGCACACUCACACACACCGACACGCACGCCCGCGGGCCGCGCUCUCCUCUCGCUCCCCGAGCGCCGUCCCCUCCGACACAAGUGUGUCCCGGCUCCGCCAGGCCCGGAGCGCCGGCCGCCGCGGGAACCCGGGCGGGAGGCGGAGGCGGCGGCGGCCGGAGCGGGGGCCGCCGGGCGCGGGGCUCCGCACGCCCGGGACGGGGCGCCCCCGGCCUCCCAGCCCCCGGCUCUCGCGGGGAGCGGGAUGCAGCCGCCGCGCCAGCGCUGAGCGCGGGGCGGGGGACGCGGACCGGGCCGGCGCCGUCCGCCCGCCGGGAGUCGGGUCCCCGGCGGCGGCCCCUCGGGCCCGGCGGGAGUGGAGCGGAGCCCCGCGCCCGCGCCCGCGCGCGGGGCCGGCCGGCCCGGGAUUGCGGGGACGGGGUUCCGGAGCCGGACGGACGCGCGUGGCUGGCGAGGGCGGCCGGCGGAGACAGGUGGCCAUGUCUCUCGUGCAGGCGUGCCGCAGCCUGGCUCUCUCAACAUGGCUGCUUUCCUUUUGUUUCGUGCAUCUGCUGUGCCUGGACUUCACGGUGGCCGAGAAGGAGGAGUGGUACACGGCCUUCGUGAACAUCACCUACGCCGAGCCCGGGCCGGGACCCGGGGCGGGGGCCGGGGCGGGCGGCGCGGAGCUGCGCUCGGAGCGCACCGAGUGCGGGCGCUACGGCGAGCACUCGCCCAAGCGCGACGCCCGCGGGGAGGUGGUCAUGGCGCGCGCGGCGCACGAGCGCCUGGCCUGCGACCCCGCCACCGCCUUCGCCGCGCCCGCGCACGGCCGGCCCUGGAUCGCGCUCAUCCCCCGCGGCAACUGCACCUACCGGGACAAGAUCCGCACCGCCUUCCUGCAGAACGCCUCGGCCGUGGUCAUCUUCAACGUGGGCUCCAGCGCCAACGACACCAUCACCAUGCCCCACGCAGGUGUGGAAGACAUUGUGGCCAUAAUGAUCCCCGAGCCGAAGGGGAAGGAGCUAGUGAGCCUGCUGGAAAGGAAUGUCACAGUGACCAUGUACAUCACCAUCGGGACCCGGAACUUGCAGAAAUACGUGAGCCGCACUUCGGUUGUGUUUGUCUCCAUCUCCUUCAUUGUCCUGAUGAUCAUUUCCCUCGCAUGGCUGGUCUUUUACUAUAUCCAGAGGUUUCGAUACGCAAAUGCAAGGGACAGGAGCCAGCGCCGACUUGGAGAUGCAGCAAAGAAAGCCAUCAGCAAGCUCCAAGUCAGAACCAUCAAGAAAGGUGACAAGGAAACUGAGUCCGAUUUUGACAACUGCGCUGUGUGCAUUGAAGGGUACAAGCCCAACGAUGUGGUCAGAAUCCUGCCCUGCCGGCAUCUUUUCCACAAGUCCUGUGUUGACCCCUGGCUUCUAGACCAUCGCACCUGCCCCAUGUGCAAGAUGAACAUUCUUAAAGCCCUAGGGAUCCCGCCCAAUGCGGACUGCAUGGACGACCUGCCCACCGACUUUGAGGGCUCACUGGGAGGACCGCCGACCAAUCAGAUCACAGGGGCCAGCGAUACCACCGUGAACGAAAGCUCAGUCACUUUGGACCCUGCCGUGCGGACGGUGGGAGCCUUGCAGGUGGUCCAGGACACAGACCCCAUGCCCCAAGAAGGUGAAGUCAUCUUUACGACUAACAGUGAGCAAGAGCCAGCUGUGAGCAGCGAUUCAGACAUCUCUCUCAUCAUGGCCAUGGAGGUGGGACUCUCUGAUGUAGAACUUUCCACUGACCAAGACUGCGAAGAGGUGAAAUCCUGAAAUGGUGAAUGUAGAAAACAAAGACAGCAGGAUCUGAGGGCAUAGAAGGUCAAGUGCUCCGAGGCAUGGACCAGGCGUACAGCCUUCCAGGCCCCGGGGCUGCUCGGGGCCUCUCCGCUCAAGGAUGGUAAUGAAAGCAAUAUCCAAAGUCUCUUCAUCAGGAUUGAGUGUGCCCAGCUCGGCAACAGUCCAUGGUAUGGGCAGCAACGUGGAAGUUGAAAGCUGAGUUUUCCCCUCCCAUGCCCUUGUAGACAAACACUCAUCCGAAGCUCCUAAAGCAGAGACCGAAGGAAACCCUCGGGGUUUCUCCGUUCUGUUUCCAUUCUUCCAGGUUGUAUUGUUUUUUUGUGGGGGGGGGGGGGGUGGGAAGAGUGUGUGAUUUCCUUGGAAAUUUCUUUUAAAAGACUGUGUUGUCGUUGACACCAGCUCCUUUGUCCUUCCUUUGAUUCACCGCAGCUCUAU